GGGAUACCAUUAGUUUAUGGGGCAUUUCUCUGCGAUUAAAAUAUAUAUUUGAGAGGAGGAGCUCUGGUGCUGUCAACUACUUAUUAAUUUUUUGGCCAAAAUAUUCAGGAAUAUGGGUUUGAAGAUGAGUAGUACUGCCGCCUGUAAAGAUGAGGACCAGAGCAAAGAUUUGCUAAUUGAUAUCAUUGAAGAAAACUUAUCAGAUCCUGAGCCUACUCUUCAGUGUUAUAUUUGCAGGGUUCCUAAGAGCAUUCGCAGAAUAAAUGAAGAAGCCUACACUCCUCGGUUUGUUUCAAUAGGUCCUCUUCACCACGGUAAAGAAGAAUUAGCUUUCAUGGAAAGACAGAAAAUAAAGUAUAUGGAAAGUUUUCUCAAGCGAAUAACAGUUGAGAAAUGUGACGAACUUUUAAGCUUCAUAGAAAACAACGAACAGCGAAUUCGUACUUGUUAUGCAGAGGUCAUUAAAAUGGAGAGUGAUGCAUUUAUAACCAUGAUUCAACAUGAUGCUAUCUUCAUCCUCGAGCUUUUCCUAAGGAGUUACCAUAACGAUAGAAGUGACAAUUUUUUGUUAAAGAUUCCAACAACAAGGUUUUCCCUAAAGAUGGAUUUGCAGCUACUUGAAAAUCAACUUCCAUUCUUUGUCCUCGAGGAAUUAUACAAUUUAGCUUUUGAAACUCCUACCUUCAGGGAUCUUUCUCAUAAAUUCUUAUGUUUAUCCAAUACCUUACCCACUGAGAUGGUGGUUAAACAUUUCACUGAUUUGAGAAGAAGUACUCUCUUCAAAAAUUUCCCACGGAGAAAGGAGUUAGAGCAAGGGUUCAUUUCAGAUUUACCUUGUGCAGUAAAGUUGCACGAGUCGGGAGUGAAGUUUAAGGGUAUUGCAAGAACAUCGUUACUCGACAUAAGAUUUAAGAAGCGAAAGCGGCUGAUUUCAUACUUUGAAGUUCAUGAAUUGCAAAUACCUCAUUUGGUAGUGGCUGAUUAUGGGACAGAACGUUUGCUUCGAAACAUAAAGGCUUUGGAGCAGUGUCAUUAUCCAUCGAAUACUCGAGUUUGCAAUUACGUGAGGUUAAUGGAUUAUCUUAUUAAUAGUGAGAAAGACGUGGAUUUGCUUGUUGGAAAGGGGAUAAUUAGAAAUCGUCUGGGGGAUAAUAUUUCUGUAGUGAAUUUGUUCAACAAACUUAGCUUACAAAUUCAUAGAAGUAGGUCAUGUUAUUAUAAAACCAGCAUGGAAUUGAAAGCACACUAUAACAAUCCUUGGAAUCAUACCAAAGCAACGUUAAAAAGUGUGUACUUCAAGGAUCUUUGGCGAGGCACCGCCACUGUUACAGGAGCUGGGAUUGCGUUGCUCACUCUCAUUCAAACCAUAUGUUCUGUGAAGCAAAUUAUGUAAUACCUGUAGGUGUAAUAUUGCGUUUUGGAAGUUUGUUAUUCUAAUAGUUUUUCAAUGUAAUAUCUUCCAUCAUUUCUAAAUUCUUAAUACAAUAAGAAUGCUUAUCAUCU